AACAACAUUUUUAGUGAUGAAAUUUUAGUAUUAAGUUAAUAAAGUAAAUAAAAACUAAGAGUAAUUUUAAAUAAAAGUACAAAAUGUUUGCUAGAAGUGCUUUAAAUUAUACAACUGUAACAUUGCGUCAACAACAAAUUCUAAGAAGUUACAGUCAGUUCAAUAAAACAACAAAAAGUAUACGAAAUCAGCUGUAUGUUAAAUCACCCCUAUCAAGACCUACAACAACAACAUUAAAAUCAACACCCCUACAACAUGUUCAGUUACAAAUCUAUAGAAUAAAACACAGCAGCAGCAAUACAAAUAACUCAAAUACAACAACAAAAUUUGUAGCGAUACGAAGAUUAUGGAAGAAUGUUUUUGGAAAAUAUUUACUUAUCACCAAUAUUGUUGGCUCUGGCGUGCUAAUGGUUUUUGGCGAUGUAAUUGCUCAAGAGAUUGAAUAUCGGCGAGGCAUUCCAAAUUCUAAACGUUAUGAUUGGCAACGCAUGGGCCGUAUGUUCAUAGUGGGUGCUCUGCAAGGACCUCUGCAUCAUUACGUAUAUAAUUGGAUGGAUAAAGUAAUGCCUGUAGCAAAUUUUAAAAAUGUUAUGAAGAAAAUCUUGAUAGAUGAAUUGUUGAUGUCGCCGGCUUGUAUAUUUAUAUUUUUCUAUUCGGCAUGCUUCCUGGAAAGAAAAACCUUUAAAGAAACCAACGAUGAGCUUAAAGAGAAAUUCCUAUUUAUUUACAUGAUAGAUUGGCUACUAUGGCCCGGAGCACAAUAUAUUAAUUUUCGAUAUUUGGAGACCAAAUAUCGUGUUACAUUUGUCAAUGUAUGUACGGCUUUGUAUAAUAUUUUCAUGUCUUAUGUAAAACAUGACCACAAUGAGCAAUUGUAAAACUAUAAAAUGUAAAAUAAUAAUUUUUAGAACAAUUAACAAACACAAAAAAUGAUCUUUAGUCCUUAGAUUGUUAUCUCUAGUAUACAAGAGAUACCCAAGUUUAAAAGUAUGCAUUCGAUACGUAUACGAUACGUAUAAACUGGUUGUUAAGUUAAACAAUAAAUUGAAAUCACUGUUAAAAUUAGAUUGUAAAUUUUAUUGCAUUACCUUAUCACAAUAUAUUUUUAAAACAUUGUUGCUAUUUUUGAAAAUAUUUCAUAUAGUAAAUGCUGCACAGUUGAUCCGAGUUUAAAACCGUUACCACUAAAAUACCAUUUCAUCAGAACUACCGUUACCGAUAUUCUAUAAAUAAUUUAAAUAAUAAAAAUACAAAUACUUUGAUUUCAAUAAUUGAGUUUAUUGAAAUCUCCACAUUUAAAAUACAAUAAAAUACCCACUACCACAUUUUACUAAUACAUAUGUAAUUAAAUUGAGGAUCAAAUUACGUUACCAAAAUUACAGCAAAUGCGGUUACCGCCAAGCUACCGUUACCGAAAUAAUCCAAAUAUCGUUACCGUUGACAACUGAGAUAGGUCUAUGACAGAAUAGUUUCCGAUCUGUGAGUAUUUAUGUUUUUAUACCCUUCACCUUCGUGAGAAGGGUAUAUAUAAGUUUGUCAUUCCGUUUGUAAUUUCUACAUUUUUCAUUUCCGACCCUAUAAAGUAUAUAUAUUCUGGAUCCUUAUAGAUAGCGGAGUCGAUUAAGCCAUGUCCGUCUGUCUGUCUGUCCGUCCGUCUGUCUGUCUGUUGAAAUCAGUUUUCUGAAGACCCCAGAUAUCUUCGGGAUCCAAAUCUUCAAUAAUUCUGUCAGACAUGCUUUCGAGAAUUUUGCUAUUUAAAAUCAGCAAAAUCGGUCCACAAAUGACUGAGAUAUGAGGAAAAAACCAAGACAACCUCGAUUUUUGACCUAUUUUUUUACCUAUAUCUGGAUUACUAAGACAUUAAUAUAGACAAUAUGGAUAUCUAAUGAUAGAUAUUUCAAAGACAUUUGCAACGACGUAUAUAAGACC